AACGACCCAUUAAAUAUUAUAACCGUUUCAUCCUGAUUUGAAGAAACUCCCUCAAAGUAGUCGGCGUCGAAAAGUUAAUUAUCGACAAUCGUAUUCUCAAGAAUUAAAUGAUCAAGAAUCUUAUUCCCAAGAAUUUAAUCAACGAGAAAAUCGUUCUCGAGAAUUUCUUUCUUCAAUUAUGUAUCAAAAAAAUGAAAAUGAUACCCCAUUAUGCGGUAUCGCACUUGAAGAUAUCGAUGAUAUAGGUGUUUACGUUUCUAACAUCUGUCAGUAUCUUGUUGAUAUAGAUGCUUCAAAUGUAAAACCUGGCCAUCUGAUGGAUGGUUUGACCACAAAAAAAGUGUUUACAGAUUUUUUGAAAUAUUUUGUUCAACUUGCCCUGAAAAGAUUGCAGGUUCAUGACAAACUUAUUAAAAAUUUUCACUUCAAGGAAUUUGUUAACGAAGAGUUUAUUGAUGAAGACAUCGAAACAAUUUGCUACUGCCUCGUUUGUCCAACUGAUCGCCAGGAAUUUAUGAAAGAUUGCUUUAUCAAGGCAGGAAUUAUCGAGGAAUCUGAAGCUGAACAUCGGCUUUUAUUUACAACCAGAGUAGCCGCUACUUCUCACUGUCAACUAUCUAGAGAGAGACACGUAACUAGGAUAAAAAACAACGAAAAUUAUCUUUUUUGUGAUGUAGAUGAUAUCUCUGUCGGAAUAGCAAAAAUGCAUGCAGCCUCCACUGAAUCAUUUAGUUCGAUUACAGCAAUUUCUGACAGUCUUAUGCAAGGCCCAAUAAAUUUGGAAACCGAAUUUAGAGAUUACUUGACAGAAAAUAUGACUUAUUUCAAUUUAAAUCCAUCACUGAUUUCCCAAUUCGUCGAUAAUUUCUCUGAGAAAGUUAAGUAUACAUACAACGAUAUGCGCGCUGCAGAAACGGUCGUUAUCUCACAAAAUGAUACCAGUGGAAAGCUCAUCGAAUUUACUUACGAAGAUUUAGAAAAGAUUGUCUUCAACAAAUGUUUUAAAAGCGUAGCUGAGUACAUAAUAAAUGCUGAUGAAACUGACCAUCAAUACAGGCUGUAUCUCUCUGGAAAAUAUAGAAGUGAGACAUACACACAUCUUGUGGACAAAUACGAUGGGGAAAUACAGUUCUGUGCUAUCAAUUAUAAGCCUUUACUGGAUGCAAUUUCCUCGGGCGCAGUUUCUUCAAUUUUAAUCACUCCCGUAUCAUCACAAACUCCUUACUUUAACAGCGAACAAGUGUUCACAUCAAAAAAAAUCUUGGAAAAUCCCACUAAGAAUGUUAACAGAAAUGAUGCUUACGACUUUAUUGUCGGAAUUGAUUUUGGUGCCACCUUUUCUGGGUGCUCUUAUGUCCAACUUAAAGAUAAGCGUGGAAAUACUAUCACUGAAAAAACUAUCAAGACCAUAAAGGAAAAUUGGUACUAUGAAACUCAAGAGUUUUUUAAAUUCAAAGAAGACUUUAAUCAAUAUUUUUAGGCCUGGAGGCAAUCUAUCUAAGUCCGGAAAACCCCAACCUUGUUAAUGUACGAUAAGAAGAUGAGGCCAAAGUAUUGGGGCGAAGAAGCAAGAAUUCAAGCCAGGCGUUAUGAAAACCUCAACCUUUUGCGAAAUUUUAAAUUGUUUUCAUGUCCUGAAUAUUUAAAAAACUCUUAUGACCACACCAAUGAACUGGAAAAACUGAGAAAACAAGGAAGAUUUACUGAAGCAAAAGACUCGAAAAACGAAGUUCAUGCAAUCAAAUUUAUUGCUGAUUACCUCAAGCUUUUCAAAAAUCAUAUCAUUG